CUAGAAUAUAAAUAAGCAAUGGUUGAAAACUAAGACAUUCGACCCAAGCGAGCAAAUUAACAAACAUCUCGUACGUUCCUGCACCACUGAGUCUGAAGAUGAACGCAAAAUUGGUCACCGUUCUUUUACUUGCCCUGUUCGUUGGAGUUGCCAUUGGAGGAAAGUACGGUGGACGCCAACAGGAUGGAUCCAAAGGAAAUGACUCUAGUUCUAGAUCUGGUGGAGGUUCAGGAAACGAUUCAACUUCGGGUGGAGUGGACGGAAGACAACAAGGAGUAAGCAGCGGGUCUGGCAGCGGACAAGGGUCAGGAUUUGGUAGCGGUCAAGGAUCCGGGUUUGGUAGUGGCCAAGGAUCAGGCUUUGGUAGUGGUCAAGGAUCUGGAUUUGGUAGUGGUCAAGGAUCUGGAUUUGGUACCGGCCAAGGAUCAGGAUUUGGUCAAGGGUCAGGAGCAGGAAACGGAGCAGGGGCAGGAGCCGGAAGUGGAGCAGGAUCAAGAGCAGGAUCAGGAGCUGGAACUGGAGCAGGAACUGGUGCAGGUUCAGGUGCAGGUUCAGGAGCAGGAACUGGAGCAGGAUCAGGAGCAGGAACAGGUUCAGGAGCAGGAAGUGGAGCUGGUUCAGGAACAGGUGCAGGAGCUGGAACCGGAUUUUGAGCAUGAUCAGAACUCUGAAGCGGUUCAGUAAAUGCAUUUGGAGACUCAAGCAACUGCAUUUCUUCGAGAUGUCAUCGUGAAUGUACAAAAAAGAAAUAUGUUCUCUUAACUAGAAACCUUUUAAAUGUGAGCAAAAUUAAGUUGCUCAAGCUAUGGUGUUCAUGUUUCUUUAGUUAAGUAAACUUUUUAAAAUAAAAUUUGAAAACGA